AUGGAUAAAAUUCUGUCCUCGACUACGCUAUGGCAGAAUCGAAAGUGUCUUCUUCUCUGCUGUCUUGUUUCCAUGGCGAACAUGCAGUAUGGAUUUGACCUUGCCGCAGUGGGAUCCUUGCAAGCAAUGCCCGGCUUUCUCAAAGUAUUUGGAUACCCAUCGCCAGAUAGUGACACCGGGUACGCGAUUGAUGUGAGCAAAUACACUCCAACCGAACUGAGUACAGUACAGCAGUUGAUCACAUCCCUCCUCACGCUGGGCUCCUUCGUUUCAUCUCUCGUUGCGGGAUUCUUCUCCUCUUACUUGGGCCGUCGCCAGGCACUGUGGCUAGCCUGUGUCGUCAACGCCAUCGCAUGCGGUAUCCAAAUCGGAACUUCUUCGGCCGGGGUGUUAUAUCUAGGUCGGCUGUUACUUGGCUUCGCUAAUGGCUUUCUCGUUACAUUUUCCAACAUCUAUACCGCUGAGGCAGCACCGGCGCACAUGCGUGGGGUGAUGGUCGCGUUAUUCGCUUAUUGGGUGAAUAUUGGGAGUAUCAUGGGCGCUGUUGUGGAUAAUAAGACUAAAGAGCGGAUGGAUGCGUUAUCCUAUAGGAUUCCUCUGGCUUGUCUUUAUAUUGUUCCGGCACUGCUCUUCGUUGCUUUAUUCUUUGUCCCGGAGAGUCCUCGGUGGCUGCUCCAUCGGGGUAAGGAGGAUGCCGCGAGGAAGGCGUUGGAGCAGCUUCGGGGUUCGAGUUACGCGAAGAUCCUUGCGAUUGCCCCGGGGUACAAUAGUGGGGAUGAAAAUGGGAGUGUUGAGAGCACGAGUGUCAUUCCAACUCUGCUGGAGGUUGAGUGGGCCGAGAUGGUUAAGGGUGUUGAAGAGGAGAAGCGCACGCAAGGGGAUGUCGCUGCACUGGACAUGUUCCGAGGCGUCGAACUGCGCCGAACAAUCCUCUGCUACUGCAUGAUCGGCUGCCAAACAGCCUCAGGCGUCUGGUUUCUCAUCGGCUACCAAACAUACUUCUUCACCGUCUGCGGUAUUGCAAAGGCCUUCGAGUUCUCCAUCAUGAAUACCUGCUUCGGCUUUCUGGGCGUCAAUAUCGGAAUGUACGCCAUCCGGGAAUGGCUCGGGCGUCGCUCGAUACUCAUUCUUGGCGCCGUCGCCUGCGGACUUUGCCAGCUAGCUAGUGCGAUCGCGGCGUCCGUGAGUCCCAACUCCUUGCAGACAGGCCAAACGCUAGUGGCCUUCACGGCACUGUUCAUGUUCUUCUACAACGGCUGUGUUGGCGCGGCGAGCUACCCCGUUGCAACAGAAUUGGUGAGUUCGAGACUGCGAGCAUGGACGGUUGGCACGGCGACCUCGUUGGGUUAUCUACUCGCCUGGCUUGUGAAUUUCUGCACACCUUAUUUUAUUAAUCCGGAGCAUCUCAAUUGGGGGGCUCGAUAUGGGUAUAUCUGGACAGCGUCGAACUUGCUUUGCGUAGUGUUUUUCUACUUCUUUAUGCCGGAGAUGAAAGGUCGGUCUUUGGAAGAGUUGGAUGAGAUUUUUGCGGCGCGAAUUCCGGCUCGGAAAUUUGAGUCGUAUCGGUGUUUGAUUCGGGAGGCUGCUCACUUGGAUGCUGUAAAUGCGAAGAGUGGACAGAAGGGGGAACACUACUAA